UGUUGCCAGAACUAUUCCGCGCUGUGCCGGGUCUCAGUGCAGCUGCAGCCGGGUGUCCAAGUUCCACUCACGGCGAGAACCGAGUCGCGUCUCCCUUCUAACGUCCAUCCUCCCCCGAACCGUGGAAUUAUGAGCAGAGCGGAGUCAGCCUCCAUCGUCCUGUCCUGAGCUGCUUCUUUUCACCCUCACACAUUCCCAGCGAAGACGAUGGAGACCGGAGUCCGCAUCUUCUUGCUUUUGCUCAUCCAGCAGACCGCCGAUGUAGGUUGUCGACAGGAAGGACACCACGAGGGCUGUGUGCCCGGCUUCCAGGUCAAACAAUACCAGGUGGCAUAUAGGAGAACUUUCCAGAAAGGCCUGCCACUCCUACAAGUCGAAUUUGACGACUGUGCGGGGAAUGAAGACGUGGCUUUCGAGGUGUCCGUUCCCGGCUUCCGGGUCGAUAAGGAUUUGAAUUUGGUUCCCUGGCGAGACGUCACCUCUAGCAGGCGUGUCAUGUUCAUCCACGGGCUGGGUGCACGUGCAGACGACAUGGCACAGGUGCACAUCACCGGACUACCGCUGGAGUCGCCGCAUGUUCUCAAGGAGACUGCGGGUCUGCCACACAGAUUGAAGAGAUCCCUGCUGGUUCCUCCUAUGAUUGUCACAGAGAACCAGCGAGCUCCAUUCCCAAGGAUCAUUGGCAGGUCUCAUGUAAUUUCAACAGAGAAGUCUUGGGACCAUAUUUUCCGACUGACAGGCCAUGGAGCUGACCAGGAUCCUAGGGGUCUCUUCACCAUUGACAUCGACACAGGAGACGUGUCAGUCACCCGCUCACUGGACCGGGAGGUCAUCGAUUCCUACCAGCUGGAAGUGUCAACCACGGACUUGAAUGGAAAUCUUGUCGAGGGACCAGUUAUACUGGUGAUCACGGUCAUCGACCAGAAUGACAACCGACCCAUUUUCAGAGAGACACGCUACACAGGAGAAGUGCUGGAGGGGUCUCCUUCAGGAACCACAGUGAUGACAAUGAUGGCGUUCGAUGCAGACGACCCCGCCACGGAUAACGCAGCUCUGCGUUACAACAUCCUCCGACAGUCGCCGGACAAACCCUCGCCGAACAUGUUCUACAUCGAUGCAGAGAGAGGCGACAUUGUCACUGUCAUCUCCCCGACUCUACUCGACAGAGAGACGCUGCCAACCACCACGUAUGAGCUAGAAAUUGUGGCCAAGGACAUGGCGGGAAGUGAAGUGGGCCUGACAGGGACCGCCACUGCCACCAUUACCAUCACAGACAAGAACGACCAUGCUCCUGAGUUCACACACCCCCUGUUUGAAGCCUACGUAUAUGAGGGCUCGACUGGUGUGGUGGUUAACCUGACAGUAGAUGACAGAGAUGACCCCGCCACGGGGGCAUGGCGAGCCCUCUACUCCAUAAUCAACGGAGAUCCCACACGCAGCUUUGAGAUCCAAACCAACCCAGACAAUAAUGAGGGAAUGCUGUCCGUUAUCAAGGGUCUGGACUAUGAAGGCACUGCAUUCCACAAGAUCUUCAUCAAAGUGGAAAAUGAGGACCCUCUGGUUCCCGAUGUUGGCUACGGCCCCAGCUCCACAGCAACCGUCCAAGUCCGAGUUUUGGAUAUUAAUGAAGGACCGGUCUUCUUCCCCGACCCGCUGUUUGUCACCAGGAUGGAAAACAUUCCAGUCGAGAGUUUUGUAGCCUCCCUCAAUGCCACAGACCCGGACACAUUACAGCUGCAGAGCGUCAGGUACGCCAUCCUGAGAGAUCCAGCAGGCUGGCUGACUGUGAACCAACUGCGAGGAACUGUCAACACUUUGGCCGCUCUGGACCGUGAAUCUCCAUAUGUUCGUGACAAUAAAUACACAGCUCUCUUCAUUGCCAUCGACAACGGCAGUCCUCCAGCUACGGGAACCGGGACCUUGGUCAUCUACCUUGAAGAUUACAAUGAUAAUGCGCCCUACGUGGUACCGUCAGUAGCACAGGUGUGCGAAGAUGCGCAUGAUAUGAACGUGGCCAUCGUGGGUGGACGGGACAAGGAUCUACCUCCCAACGGGGCGCCCUUCAACAUCGAACUGGGAAAACAACCCGGGCUCGAUAAAACAUGGAAGGUCACCAGAGUCAACUCAACACACUCGCAAAUAAUGCUGCUACAAAGUCUGAAGAAAGCCAACUAUCAGCUUCCGCUGAUCAUCACCGAUUCGGGGGUGCCUCCUCUGUCCAACAACACGGAGGUCAAAGUUCAGGUCUGCGUCUGCAAGAAGAACAAGAUGCUCUGCAGCUCCGCCCACUCACACCACGCCAGCCUUUUCAUCCUUCUAACAACACUCGUCCUUGUCCUGCCAUGCCUGUAGCGGUCCCCGUUUGCAAGAUCGGAAAGCAACGACUUACUGCAUCUCCCCGCACACAGUGAGGAGGAAAGACGCUGGGAAAGAAAAAAAAAAAAGUCUUCACACCCUGACAAAUGGAACAUGACAAUACACACAAUCCCCAGCAGCUCAACUGUUGUGUAAAAAAAAAAAGAAAAAAAAAUCACUUAUCUUCUUGCAACACUUGUCUCCACUUUCUGCAUCGCUCCUUUCUCACAUCAUCUUUAGCUUGUUGGACUCCCUAUGACACGCUCUGUCCGAUUGAUUAUCCGAGCCCUUUUCUUUGUGUCAUGCUGGCGGCCUGAAAACAAGAAGGAAAAAACAUACUUUUUCACCCAUAAUUUGGGGGUUUAGUCAGCCAGCGAUUGUGCAAGUUCUCCCACUUAAAAUGAUGACAGAGGUCUGUAAUUUUCA